ACACCUGCCACUGACACCUGCUUCUUAAUUAAUAAGUAAUGAGUGCAAUGAGCCUGAGUCAAGAGAGGUACAUGUUAGCUGGGAUAUAAACAUGGACAUUACUGUUCUCCCCAACAAUAAUCACCCAGAGAAAUUCCUCCAACUUGAUGUAGGGAUGCUACCAGCCACCCACGGGAUGUUCCAGAUAGGAGCAGCACUGUCUGGCCAGAGGCAGUGGCAUAACAGAGUAUACUCACAGGGAGAGCAUAGAGUAAAGAAGGAGGCAGAAAGACCAUCAUCACCAGAGGGCAGGCCUGACUUCAGAGACAAUGAACUGGAACAACACAUCACACCACUCACUCUGAAACCAAAGAUCAAGCAAAACCCACUCUAUGUAGACCUAAGGACUGUUGACAUGGAGGAGAACCAGAGAUAUAAACCAUCCUGGACCAUUGAGGACUAUGACCGACAUUCUUUGCAUGGCAACCUAGCCAGUUAUCAGGAAGAUCCUAGGAAAUUGAAUUUUUGGCUGGAGGAUCUCUACACCCCAGGCUUUGACUCCCUGCUGAAAAAGAAGGAAGCAGAACUUAAAAGGAACAAAAUAUGCAGAAUACUGACUUCAGUCAUUCUGUCAGUUUGCGCAGUUGUGAUCGUUAUCACUGUGCCAAUUGUAGUGACACAUAAAAAAAACUGAUUUCGAAAAUGAAAGCAAGAAGACAGACUUUUAAUUUACCCCAUGGUUCAGCAGAUUAGCAAUGUCUUCUGUCUGUAAGCACAAGCUAUUACUGUUUAUUUUAUUGCUCUUAGGACUGUUAUUACUGUUAGGCCUGAUUGAGGAUUCGCUAUUGUGUUAUGUAAAUAUUGCAUGAGUUUAAACAAGAGUUUGCUCAAGGCAUUAUUUAAAGAAACACAAUAUACAGUAGUGACACUAUAAGGAAUAAUAGCACCACCAAGUGACCAGAAACCAUGUGCAAACCUGACACAAUGUACAUACAUUUAUUACAAGUUACUUAUUGGUUAUAAUGUCUGCUAUUUUAUUGUAAAGCAUUGUAUUAUAAAAAAUAAUAAAAUGGGGGGAAAAAGGAGAUUAGAUUAACCUUAAAUGGAAAGUCUUAAAAAUACUACACCUUGCAUUUGCUCUGGGGAAAAGACACAAAUGUGGACCUAUCACAAAAAAAAGG